GCGGGAGCGCAGAGCAGGCAGAGCCCCUCAGUCACACACAGUCCUCGGCAGUCAGAGAGCGGGCUCCAGAGACAUGUAGCAGUGAAAGCCCAGGGGGCCCCUGGUGCUGCAGUUGUCGGUGUCAGCUGCGCUGUGUCUGGUUGUCGGCAGGCGGGGGAGGGGGCAGGAUGACGGGGGUCGUCGCCCCCUGGAGGUGGUUGCUCGCCCUGUGUCUGAGGCUGCUCUUUCUUGUGCCCGCAGGAGUGCCGGUGCGGAGCGGGGACACAAGCUUCCCCAAAGCCAUGGACAACGUGACGGUGCGGCAGGGGGACAGCGCCAUCCUCAGGUGCAUGCUGGACAACAGAGUGACCCGCGUGGCCUGGCUGAAUCGUAGCUCCAUUUUAUACACCGGCAAUGACAAGUGGUCCAUAGACCCCCGUGUGGUACUUGUGGCCAACACCAAGAGCCAGUACAGCAUUGAGAUCCAGAAUGUGGGCAUUUAUGACGAGGGACCUUAUAUCUGCUCCCUGCAGACAGACAAUCACCCCAAAACCUCCCGGGUGCACCUCAUUGUACAAGUCCCCCCUACAAUAGUGGAGAUCUCAUCAAAUAUUGUUGUUAAUGAAGGAAAUAACGUCAGUCUGAGCUGCAUUGCCACAGGGAGGCCCGAGCCAGUGGUGAACUGGAGGUACUUGUCACCCAAAGCACAUGGCUUUAUGAGUGAAGAUGAAUAUCUGGAAAUCACAGGAAUCACACGGGAACAGUCUGGGGUAUACGAAUGCAGCGCUGCCAAUGAUGUCUCUUCCCCAGACGUCCGAAGGGUUAAAGUUACAGUCAACUAUCCACCCUAUAUUUUAGAUGCACGGAACAUUGGUGUUCCAUUGGGCCAUCAAGGGAUUCUGCAGUGUGACGCGCUGGCUGUCCCUACAGCUGAAUUUUUCUGGUACAAGGAAGACAAAAGGCUGAGCGACUCCAGGAAAGGAGUGAAGGUGGAGAACAGAGAGACAUUUUCUCGUGUAACAUUCUUCAAUGUUUCAGAACAAGACUAUGGGAACUACACAUGUGUGGCCAUGAACCGGUUGGGACACAGCAAUGCCAGCGUUAUUCUGUUUGAAGAGACCACAGCUGCCUUGACCCCCCCUAAAGGCCCCGGAGCAGUUCACGAUGGGAACAGUGGCUCUUCUCGAUGUCUCCUCUGCACUCCUCUGUUUCUCCUCUUCUUCGUGCUUUGUCUGUCUCUUCUACUUCCACCUGCCCAGUUUUGACAAAUGCAAACCAUCGUCUGAGGUCCUCACAAGAGGGAAACAACAAUUCUAAAAUAAAACAAGUGUAAUAAAAAGAAAUUACAAAAUCUGAUGUCCCAAAAUAUAAAGAAAAAAAAGCAAAAAAAACACAACAAAAAAAAAACUGCAAGUGAUUGUUUAAACAAGAAAACCACUGAGAGAAAACACCACAAUCUGCACCUUCUUGGUGAAGGGACUUUUGCAGGAUACAACCAGGGGGGAACGGGCAGAUCCAAGGACUGAGCUGAGCCGGUCAACUAGCCACAAGUCAGCGCUCAUGAAACCAUGUGACUUUGUUCUAUUCAUUUCAGAAGGACAUCACACAUCUCUCUGUCCCUGAUCAAGCAAACCAUGGACUGUGUCUCUCCACUUUAUCUCCAGGGAACUGCUGGGUGAUCAGUUAUGCAAUCCCCUUUCUGCAACUAAGACACUUACAGAGCAUAGCUCAACCCUACUUACUUGCUGGGGGACUAGCUGAGCAAUACUUAAACUUUCCACUGCUGGGGAGAUCGAUAUGUCUUCUGGUAUAUUUCUCUCUAGUAUGUCCUGGAUUAGUGGAGCUGCCGCCUGUAGGU